GCUUGCAGCGCCCCCUGGCCGGGUCGCUCGCCAGGGCGGCCGCUCAGUAGCUGCUAGUCGGCUAGCCACUGUAGCGCCGACGGUGUCGAUGAAAAGUCGUGCAUCGGAUCGCUGCGAUUAUGGGGCUCGUCCAUUCGAUCAUGGCUGGUUUUAGCGGUGGUGAUGGGCAGCGUGAACUUACUAAGGAGGAAAUCAUUCGGAUCAGAGCGACUCAUCUAAGCUCUGCAAAUGAGAUGUUUUUCAAAGAGGACCCUCUUAUGAUCAUGCGUGGGGAAGGCGCCUUCCUGUACGACGAAAAGGAUAACGGAUACCUGGACUGUAUAAACAACGUAUGCCACGUGGGACAUUCCAACCCUCACGUGGUGGCUGCAAUAAGUCAACAGGCCGCCCAGCUCAACACCAACAAUCGCUACCUCCACCCGAACCUUGCGCGGCUUUUACGGAGGUUAGUCCCUACAUUCGCGCCUUCAGAUUUGACCCGAGUGACCCUGGUCAAUUCGGGUUCUGAGGCCAAUGAUUUGGCUCUACGUAUGGCACGAGCUCAUACGGGCAAUGAAGAUAUCAUAACUCUGAAUCAUGCCUACCACGGGCAUGUGAGCUCAACGAUCGACGUGUCCCCGUACAAGUCUAAGGGUCUGGGCGUUAAUUCUCCAGUGGUUUAUGAGGCACCGUGCCCGGACAUCUACCGUGGCAAAUACACGGACCAAACACACCCCGGUCUCUCACCUGAGGCCCUGGGUGAACUCUAUGCUCAGGAAGUUGGCGAAAUCAUUGCCACUCUGGCGGAGCAGGGCCGUCGUCCCGCCGCCUUCAUCGCCGAGAGUCUCCAGAGCUGCGGGGGACAGAUUAUACCGCCCCCCGGCUACCUGCGAAGGGUGUACCAGCUAGUCCACGCCGCCGGCGGUAUCACAGUUGCCGACGAAGUGCAGGUCGGAUUCGGUCGUGUUGGCACACACUGGUGGGCCUACCAAACUCAGGGGGCUGACGUCAAACCCGAUAUAGUCACGAUGGGUAAACCGAUGGGCAACGGCCAUCCGGUAGCUGCUGUGAUAUGUACGGAGGCGGUCGACAAGAGUUUCGCCAGGAGCGGAGUCGCCUACUUUAACACGUACGGCGGAAACCCGGUGUCCUGUGCUGCUGCCCUGGCGGUGCUGGAUGAAAUCCAAACACACAAUCUCAAGGAGCAUUGCGUCAAGAUUGGCCACCUGUUGAUAUCGAAGCUGGAAGAUCUCAAGAACAGACACAGACUGAUUGGAGAUGUGCGCGUGCUGGGGAUGUUUGCUGGCAUCGAGCUGGUGACUGACAGGGAGCAAAGAACGCCGGCCACCGCCGAGGCCAAGCUGCUGCUGCAGAAAAUGCUCAAGGAGCGGGUGCUGCUCUCUGCUGACGGACCUGAUAGAAACGUUAUCAAAUUCAAACCACCGAUUGUGUUCAGCGAGGAGAACGUGGAAGAGUUGGUCACGAAGCUGGACCGUGUGCUGGCCCAGCUGGAGGGUGACCAGAACAAUGACCGUGAAUGACGUACCACUGGUGACGUCAUUGUGAAGAGCAGCUGCCGAGGGGGAGAGGGAAGAGGGGAGGGGAGAGGCGAUGGCGGCAACUUUGAUGGCAUUGGCUUGUGAUGUGACUGUGGCUUCCAUGCUGGCUAUUUUCCUGAAAGAGAUUACCCAAUCCACUGGGUAAUAUAUGAGAUUGUUGAUAAUGUUGAGGAGAUUUUACCGGAACGCCGUUGACCAGGACUGGGGUCAGGUUUAGAUGAAUUGACUGUUUGGGUCUGAUUCUCAAGUGGAAGGUUCCGAGUGGUAUUUUGGAAGCGCCUUUUGUAGAAGCGUGACUCAGAGUAUAGUUUUGUAGAAUACUCUCCACCGCGUUCAUCGACUACCCUUUUAUACGAAACUUUGUGGGCAGUAAAUACAGCCUAUAAAAAAUA